AUGGUGAAAAGUGAGAAGCCGAAACAUUUGUAUUCGCCAACGUACUUGGUACAUAAUCGACGCGCAAACAGUUUCGAGAUGUCGACCUUUAUGGUCUCUCUGUUGUUGGGUCUCGGAUAUAAUGCCUACGUCAUAAAUGGCUAUGCCUCAAGUUAUCAGACCCUCUGUGACCAGACUCUUGUGCUCUGCCCAUAUUUACCACCAUCCAUAGAACCAUCCGCGCCUACACCAUCUCCUUUUGUCAGUAAAUAUAAACCGACGCCUCCUGCAGACCUCACCAGUAAGUUUCUCCGAAGUAUCGAAGAACGUGAACAGCAGAAAAUCCAGAAGGAAUAUGACCGCCAAGAGGAGGAACACAUGCAGAACAUCGCGAACUUGGAAAAACCGAAACGUGACCCUCUGUUCGGGAUGCGAGUGCAUAGUUGGGUACUACUGUUACCGAACGACCGUGGGCCGCGCAGUUUAGAAAUUACAGAGCCGUUGUUCAUCGAGCCAGCAACGGGAUACUCAUAUUCAGUUCAAGACCAAAAAAUUGAUUACUAUUACCUCGGCAUUGAAAGCCUCUGGAAUAGUGACAACUACUGGGUAAAUAUGCAGGACUGCGCGGAAGCGUGCACAAAACUCAAAUGGGAUCUCACGGAUACACAUUGUUGGGAACAUCUGCUAGCUGGGGAACCUACAAGUCUUCGCAAAGUUAACGACGUUGAAAAUCCAGAUAUUAGCAUACGCGAAGAAUUCCACUUAGUUAUGCCCCCAUCUUACAUCAGCCGCAUUCAAAUAUCUAACAAAGAUUAUGAACAACGAUAUCCAAAUGGUACUAAAAGCAUAUACUUUAAGAAAACAAAAGUCUAUUUAUACGCUCCAUUUUCACGUAACGAUGGCUUAAUUGAGUCCGUUACUUUAUAUGAUGAUUACAAGUACAAAAAUCCAAUUUACAUUUAUGAGAAAUAUCAAGAACGUGAAGAUAAGCUUAUAAGAUCCGAAAAAAAUUUAUGCAAAGAAACUAUUACUGACUAUUAUUCUAAUGGACGAAUAGAUGCUUGCAAGGCUCAUCAAUAUUUUAUAAAAAGUAAAGGAACCAUUGACGAGGAAAGAACAUUAGAAUUCUACAAUAAAAAGAGACUCGAUGAACUAGCUAGCUUUCACUUGCAUUCGUUAUUUACUUCCCAAAAUUAUAAAAAUCGUAACGAUAACCUUUACAAUCGAUUCGUGGAAUACUCCGUUUUCAAUGAUAAUCUACAAAAUAAUAUUCACGAACGAACAAUUAUAAAAAUUGUGGAAAAUUUCCAUAGAAACAUAAAAGUUACUCCAAAUAAAGACAUUGCUACUCGUGAAUUUGAUUUUAUAAAAAAUGAAAUACGCCUAAAAUUUCAUUACUGCGAAGGACAGUACACACAGGCUACUAGAACUUUUAUUAAGCCUCCUAUCACCGACAGAGGAGAUCGCCUUGUUUACUCGCCACAUAUGACACAGAGUUACAAUCCUGACCCAAUGGCUGAACCUGAAAACUUUGACGAUUUGAUUGAAUUAUUAGAAACACUUCUAAGUGAAGAAGAAACUUGUAUUGUAGAGAUCCGUAAAGGAGAAACUGCAAUUUUCAAAUUUCUUGAAGACAGAGCUAAUGAAUUUAAGAACCCUAAACUGAAAAUUUCACCAUACAAUCCUAUUAGAAAUGAAGAUGCUAAAACGACGUUACUCACUAUGGAAGAAGAAAUCAGAAUUCGAAGUGAACAAAAGGUUGAUAUAGACACUAAUUUCUUAGCUCCAUAUAUAAUGAAAUUAGGAAAUGUGAAAUAUUUAACAAAUAAACAAGCCUCACAAAUUAGAAAUGAAUGCCUUGAGCACUUCAAACAAACGUCAAUUAAUAGAGCAAAUUGCAUGAAGAAAGACUAUAAGAAAUGCAGUGAUAAAUUGAUUAAAAUACAAGCAACUUUAACUCAAUCCGAAGGUUUAACUAAAGAAGAAAAAGAAGACCUUUCCAAAACUAAUAACAGUAUUACCCUUAAAUUACAUGCCUUAGAAGUACGAUUAAAUCGUCAUCGUGAGCUUAUACCCAUACGGUAUCGUAAGCUUCUUGAAUUUCUUCAAAAUGACAAUCGGCUUUCUAUCCUUUACGACCAGUAAACGCUCAAGAAAAUGAACUGUUUAAAUAAAAUAUGCAUAAAU